CCAACUAUUGGCCGACGUGACUGAGAGGUAUCGGGAGUAACGUUACAUGAAGCCGACUGUUAACUUCAGGCUCUGUACACCACGCAAAGUCGGUUUACGUUAGUUAACGAUGACUACAUCGGGGCCCUUGGAUCGAAUGGAACUCUGUGAAAGCCUCUUGACAUGGAUCCAGACUUUUGGAGUGGAGGCUCCAUGCAAGACAGUAGACGACUUGACGGGCGGUAUCGUCAUGGCCCAAGCUCUACAGAAAAUAGAUGUAGUGUAUUUCAACGACGCUUGGAUUAGUAGAAUCAAACCAGAGGUUGGGGACAACUGGAGGUUAAAGAUCAGCAAUCUCAAGAAAGUUCUGAAAGGCGUCCUAGACUAUAACCAGGAGAUCUUAGGCCAGCACAUCAACGACUUCACGCUACCAGAUGUCAACCUUAUUGGGGAGCACUCUGACCCGGCAGAGCUUGGGAGGAUGCUUCAGCUUAUUCUGGGCUGUGCUGUCAACUGUGAACAGAAACAAGAAUACAUCCAGACCAUAAUGAUGAUGGAGGAGUCGGUGCAGCAUGUUGUUAUGACGGCCAUCCAAGAGCUGAUGAGUAACGAGACCCCAGUGAUGGGAGGAACUGACUCGUAUGUGGAUCUAGACAGACAGCUGAAGAAGACAGCAGAGGAGCUGAAUGAUGCUUUGUCUACCAAGGAAGAGAUUGCCCAGAGGUGUCGUGAGCUUGACAUGCAGGUGGCAGCCCUGCAAGAGGAGAAGAGCAGUUUACUCGCAGAAAACCAGGUCCUGAUGGAGAGACUCAACCAGUCCGACUCCAUAGAGGACAUAAACAGCCCUGCGGGACGAAGACACCUCCAGCUGCAGACACAGCUGGAGCAACUACAGGAAGAAACGUUCAGGUUGGAGGCAUCAAAAGACGACUACCGGAUCCGUUGUGAAGAGCUUGAAAAGGAACUUGUGGAUGUGAAGUCGCAGAAUGAAGAGCUUGCGUCUCUGGCUGAUGAAGCGCAGUCUCUCAAGGACGAGAUGGAUGUCCUCCGGCAUUCAUCAGACAAAGUGUCAAAGCUGGAGGGCACAGUGGAACACUACAAGAAGAAGCUGGAGGACAUGGGUCUUCUCAGGAGACAGAAUAAGCUUCUGGAGGAGAAGAACACGGUGUUGAUGCAGAGCAACGUCGGUUUGGAAGAAGAGCUACGAAAGGCGAACGCCACCAAGGGCCAGCUGGAGACAUACAAGAGACAGGUGGUUGAACUUCAGAACAGACUGUCAGAAGAGUCCAAAAAGGCCGACAAGAUGGAGUUUGAAUACAAACGCGUCAAAGAGAAAGUGGACUCUCUACAAAAAGAAAAAGAUCGUAUGCGUACGGAGAGAGACUCUCUGAAGGAGACUAUUGAGGAGCUCCAUUGUGUCCAAGCCCAGGAGGGACAGCUCACAUCAGGCUUGUUCCCGAUGGUCAGCAACGACGGCUCUGACUCACUGGCUGCUGAGAUCUCCACCCCAGAGAUUCGAGAACAUCUGAUUCAUCUUCAGCACGAGAACAAGAUGCUGAAGCUGGCCCAGGAGGGAUCAGACAAUGAGAAGAUCGCUCUGCUGCAGAGUCUACUGGAGGAUGCCAACAGAAGAAAGAAUGAACUGGAGACGGAGAACAGGUUAAUCAAUCAGCGCCUGAUGGAGGAACAGGGUCAGGUAGAGGAGCUGCACAAGAAUCUCCAAGAACAGGGUUCCAAAGCAGAUGAUUCUUCCAUCCUGAAGAAGAAAUAUGAGGAGCACAUGGAGAAGCUACGAGAGUUGAACAAUGAGUUACUGAAGAAGAACGCCUUCAUCGACGACAUAGAGCCCAAAUACAACACCAGCUCCCAACGAGUGGAGGAGCUGGAAGACGCUUUGAAGAAGAAAGAUGAAGACAUGAAGCAGAUGGAGGAGAGAUACAAGAAAUACCUGGAAAAGGCCAAGAGUGUGAUCCGGACCCUGGACCCCAAGCAGAACCAGGGUUCAGGUCCAGAAGUCCAGGCCCUUAAGAACCAGCUGCAGGAGAAGGACAGGAUGCUGCACUCAUUGGAGAAAGAGAUGGACAAGACAAAAACCCAGAGAGAUUACGAGGAGAAACUGAUCGUGUCAGCCUGGUACAAUAUGGGUAUGUCUCUGCAGAAGAAGGCGGCUGAAGACAGACUUGCCAACACCGGUUCUGGUCAGUCCUUCCUGGCCCGGCAGAGACAAGCCACCAGCACACGUCGCUCCUAUCCAGGCCACGUCCAGCCAGCUACCGCAAGGUAGAUGGGGCAGCAGGGCAGAAAAAUAACGCCACAAACCACCAUACAAAUCCCCCGAACUUACACACUAUAGACCUGCCCUUUUUUUUUUGAGGCACGCUAUUUGCAUUCAUUUCUAAUGGACGUUAUUGUUUUCCUGCAUUCCGCCUGUUGAUUUUCUUUUUUUUUUUCUUCUUGAUCAAGUCCCUUGGGUAGAGAUGCCAGGCAAGGCUGGCCCAAAACUCGCCCCCAUUUUUUUUUUUUUUUUUUCUCCCCUCACAGAGCAUAUUUUUUACCCUGACUCCUGUGAUGCCAGGCUCCAACCCUUUUAACACCCCAGCAUACUCCAUAGGGUCUGACUAAUCACCCCAAAACCUCCUCUCUUCCUCCCUCUCUGACCUCCCUGACCUUCCUCAACCCAUACUCUGUGGCAAACCUUUGUCCGGCAGGUCAUUUGGACCCCGAAAGGCAGAGAAGAAUCGCAUCUUCUUGACAAGUCACGGUCACUUCUCUUUCGAGGAACCGCUCUUGCCUGUUCAUGCCGUAUUCACGCACAUCUCUACCUUCAUCGGGUUUCUCUCUAUCCUGCGAUAUCUAUUUAAACUCUUACGAUGUAGCUUUCAGCAGGCGACAGCAAUUCUCAAUGUGUUCAAAUGGAGAUAAGUUGCUCUCCUGCUGUGUCAUGUUAUAUUUGUUAUUUGAAUUUAGAUGCACUAUUGAGCAACAAAUACAUAGGAAGAUGUAUAGUCAUCUCAUCUCAUGUAAAUGUUCCAUUUGCUUGCUAAAUGGUCUUAAUGAUCUCUAAUAGGACUUCAUGAUUUGGAAAAAAACAGGUAACAGUGCAGCAAUAAUUGUGAGGAAAAACGUAAAGUUACUGCUUCAGCUGUUGAAGUUUUAUCAGAAGUUGCAAAUCCUCAAAGAUUUCUACAUAACUGUGUUGACUGGUUUUCACUAUCUUUGUUAAGGAGCCACCGUCAAGCAAACUGGGAAAUGCAUCAGUUCAUGUAGCUUCAGCUUCACCAGCAUUUAGCAGGUUGUCUCAGACGUCACCGUACGUGCCAUAGUGUUACAUUUCAAUACAUGCGCCGCAGCAUUUGGUCGACAGCACUCAAGGAAAAUGUAGUCGUGAGAUAGUUUUAGAUCCUGGGAUGGAGACUUGGUUCGCAGAUCGCCCCUUUCUGCUAAUACGUCAACAACGAGAAGUUGUGUUUAACUGUGUAGCUCGGUUCUUUUCCGUAUCAUUUUAGAAUCCAUUGAUUGCUAUCGUAGUGAAAAGGUUGUUCAAGGUGUUUUGAAAAGUACACAGUGCUUCCCAUGUCAGUUUAAACAGACAUCUUGAAUAGGUAUGCUUGUUGCAGCUGUUCCUGUCCUUUUCUUUUAACCCAUUUUUAUUGUUCCACUCUGUUUUCAUUGUCAUUGUUUUUAAGCCGCAUGACGAACGAUCUCUUAUUAACACGACGGACUUUCAGAAGCCUUGGAAUUGACCCUGUUCGUUUGCUUGUGUUUGUGUUUAGAUCAAGGCCAGAAUCUCAAGCUAACAAACCCCGCCGUCUGACCGUUGUCUCUCUCUCUUUCUCUCUCUCUCCUCCCUCAACAGCAAUGUCACUGCAUGACCUGCACACCAGUGAGCUGGCCAAGCCUUGAGUGGCCUGGCCCGGCCUGUCCCCCCCCCCCCGGGCAGGGCUAGACUGAGGCCCGUGAUGCAUGAACUACCUGCCUGCCUACUGUUUGCAUGCCUUUGCAUUGACUCGAGUCUGCGAAUAACCGGCACACCAGUAACAACAGCAUGAGCACUAACAACCCUCUGCAGUGUCAUGCGUUGUAACGCCCAGACAAGCUCAAGGAGGCCAGAAACUAAACUCCUUUCCCCACCCUUCCAGCUCUUUGCUCCUCAUGUUCUCCUGCUCUCUCCUCUCCUCCAUCUCUCCUCCCUCCACUCACUCUUCGUGGACAUGCCUGCUUGUGCUUCCACACCGCGUCAAGUCUGUUACACUUCAAUGUAUGUUAACACAAAGGACAGGGGCAGCAUAUAGCAGAGUAGUCUGCCAAUCAAGCAGUUGAUCUACAAAUAGGCCUUUCUCUGUCAUGUGUAACUUGACGUUGGCCGGCUGCCUCAGGAUACCUCGAUGUCAUAUUCCCACAUAUCUGUUUCUAUUUACAUGGGAGAGAAAUAUUUAAGAGGUGUCGCCUGCAAAUCAGUCUCCAUAACACAAAAAACGCUACCCAUUAAACUUGUAGAUGUGUGUCUCCUGCAGUGGUCCGGCCCAGCCUCUCCUCCACAUGUUGCUAGAUGGCAUCUUAGAAGUGGUUUUACCUCAAGUAUUGGUUGGUACAACAAGGAGAGCGGACAGGGCAUUACCGGGACGUCCUAGAGGCUUUUGGACAGAUUGCAGUCGGAGCAUAGGAUGGCAAACUAAGUGUUUUUAAAAUGAAUAACAUUGUUACAGAUAUGCUUUUAAUACGGGAUAAAAGCCCCCAUUAAGCCGACUUAUAACUUUUCUUUCAAUGGAAUUGAAUGUCCGCCUAGCAUCUGUUUCUACUCUGUUGUCUGUUAUUUGUCCAAGUAGCAAAUAACCUGUCUAAUUGAGCCAAGAGCAAGAGGCUCUGCAGACGGUGCAUUUUGUCACACGUUUUAUACAUUUUUACCAUAAAACAUGGAUGCUAAUUUAAUAGAAUGAUAUCCUGACAAAAAUAAGCGAAUGAAACCGUACAUUAGCUCACGCAGGCUAAUCUACGGUGCAUUCAAUCUGUCGCCUGGAAAGGGCUGACUAUUUAAAAAAACGUAGAAAGGGAAACCACUGCAACAGUCUCAAAGGAUCCUGUUGAUCACAGAUCAAACCUUUAUUCAAUAGGCAGUUCAUAGUAACCCUGCCGUCCUCUACAGUGGUCUGUUAAUGCAACUUAACGGAAAAUAUGUGAUUUUGGCAUUGAGUGCUCACACAUGCAGUUUACAGAAUGAGUUCUACGAGACACAAAUGAUAGUACCAGUAAUGAGGAACCUGAACCUGGUGUUGCUGCAAGACAUACUGUACACUGUGUGUAGCUUUUUUUUAAAUACAUGUCUUAUUUAUAUUUUAUUUUCAGAGCGUAGUAUAGGUAUGUUGACAAUUAGGGUGAGAGAGACUUAAAACAAAAAAAACACACACCUGGAGCUAAGGAUUUAUGCAUAUUAUAGGCAUAAAUGCAUACAUUUUUCACAAGAGAGAGAUGGUUGAAUCCUCCAAUUUUAAUGCCUUUGUUUAAAAUAUAUUUUAAAAAAACAAGACGGGCUGGUCUUUUUAGGACUAAAGACAGCAAGGCAUACUACCUUUUAUAGACCAGUUUUAUUGUGUUAUUUGAAAAAAAUACAGUUUUUAAUCUCAUAUCCAUACAUUAAGGAGGCUUAACGAGGGCUUUUCUUCUCUGUACUUUCACCUAUUUUACUCAUAAAUGUAUUAUUGUGUAACCUUGGUUUAAUUCAUGCCGUGCAUUUUUAUCUUAAUGGCUUAUUUAUUCUUUCGGGCACUUGUACAGCAGUGUUACAUUUAGUUUUUUUUACAUCAGUAGUAUUAUUACAUCGCCACUUGUACUGUUACAAUGGAGUUGAACUUACCGUGCGACAUCGAGAUACUGUUACAUACUCGUCUUAUGCAACAAAAGGAGGAGAUAGUUUGAAAUAGCGUCGUGUUUUUAUCCAUCUAUUGACGGUCGCUGAGUGUCGGCGACAAAUGGAUGAAAACUGCAAGGUUCCAUUUACCUCCAGUCUUUUCAGGAAGAGGAGUUUCUUAGAAAACGUGUCAUGUUUGAAACGGAAUGUUCUCUCAUCAACAAAAGAAAGCACAUUUUUACACUUGACUGUGACCCUAACCCUACAAACGAUCAUCAGUGUUUUCUAGCGACGGCUACAAAGACGGCGGCCACGUCUGCGGGAAAAGGCUCAUUAGCUGUUAGGCAUGCAUGUGUUAAUUGCAUUCAAAAUGAAGGCGGCUCAGAUGUUUGAUUAACUUAUCUCGAUCAAAUUUAGAUUCUACAUUCGGGCAUCAAAUAGAUUAGUUUUCCGGGAGGGAGCGGCGACACAGUAUGCAGUUGCAGUGUAAAUUGAGUUGCAAAGUAAAAGGCGUGCUGUUUCGUCUUGUUCUCUACUUGUUUCUGUCCAAAUCUGUGUUUAGGAAACCACUUGCCAUUAACAUCCAGCUGUAAGUUAUAUUACACAGAACUCUUUUUAACCGUCCAUCCUCAUGAGUCAUUAGUUUGAUAAGAAAUCUGUAUAUAAUGGAACACAUCCACAUUGUGGUUGACCUGUUUAAAAUCAUAUCAGGAAUGUUGGGGAAAACAUUUUCUGUUGUGUAAUAUCCCCUCAGAGGAAGCAUAUAAUGUUCUCCUCUUUUGUCCCCCAUCAAGUCAGCCACUGUAAUUUGUCGGUAUACGUGUCUGUGUAAAUAAACAAUGUUACUGGCGAAUACUGAUACCGGUGGGAAAGAUCAUCACAGUAAUAUAACCUGAGAAAACCAGCUAGUUUGCGACAUUCUGGGACCUUAUUUAUGCCCAUUUCUUCUCAAUAAAGAAGGAACGGUGACAUCUUGAUGUACUGUUCAAUGCUAUAACCCCAAAUCCUUUCCAAAUAUUCAUUUUUGAGAACAAAAUAACAAUUGCAGUAUUCUUUACAAAACCCGGUCAUAAUGUUGUGUAUUACUUACAUGCCGAAGCUAAACAUGAGUACCCGGUUUUCCCCCUAGUGUUACCUGACUGCUAAUUGCACCGUCACAAGUGUAUCAGAGGAACGAAACAAACCACACAAGGAUGUUAACAGGUCCCAAUCGCAUCACUUACGCGUGCAAUGUUUGCUGUAUUUUUUUACUCAUUGAAAACUUUUCUUUACUUAUUGAAGUAGCAAAUAACCUUCCAAUUUGCCAAGUUUUAUAUUGCUUGUAUACAAACACUAUGUACAUACUAAAUGUGGCAGUGCUAGAGGAGGUGUCUGGCUAUUUGAGGAUGAGAAUAUAAAACUCAUGUCAAGUUGGAUGGAUUUCAUUUAGCAUCUGUCCGAUCAGGACCCGUUGAUGAAAAUGUGCUUCCUACAUUGCAAAACGUGGAAAUUACAUUGUAAAUAAAGCUUGUAUAAAACGG